GUCUGUGACGGGGUAAUAAUGGGUUCAUGAAGACUUGAUGUAUGCUUGUUAGUGUUGUCAUGCACGAACGAACGGACGAAGGCCGGCCGAGCGGUUCGUUUAAGCAAUGAUAUCUUUGAUGAUCUUCGCCAGCGGUGCAGGCGUGUACGCUUCUAGACUACGAGUUCGUUGUCCAGUCCCGGUGUGUACUUCGUUAAAUCGAAUCCUUAACGCGGCGUCCCCGGAGAUCGCGACCUUCAGGAUUCCCAGGAUGAGUACGGCUGGGUCCGACUUCCUUCUGCAGCUCCGCCCGAUCGCGCGAUUGAGCCCCGCGAGCUGCUCCUCGCUUGUCGUCCAGUUUGUCCCUGUUGUCUCCCCGAGCAGCCGCUGCAGUUCCCGCUGUGAGAGGGUGGCGCUCGACGUACGACUCGAUGUCCGCGCCCUCGCGCCUGGAGGAAGAUCACACGGUUCUUGGUUUGCGCGAGGUUGCGGAGCACGUUCGCGAGAACGGGGUCAGGCCCGACGCGCAGGCCAAGUCGUGGAGAAGCGGCGGUCGCCUCCGUCGUACAGUGUCAUGUGGCGGUUCUGGGUGACGGAGAGCAGACUACCUGCGAGAAAAGGUUGGGGAGGGUGUCAUGCACGACCGGAGUGUAGGAUAAGGUUGGGUGUUGCGUCGCUCCGGCUUGUAGGAGGUGCUGGAAGGCUACCCCUUCUCUCGGGGGUGUUGGCUGCUGCGACGGAGUGAUGCUGUUUUGCGGGCGGAGACAUUUCUGAGAGCAUGAUAUCGAAGUUGAAGGAUAUGAGGCUAUGUAAUGAAGCCUGCGAGUGCGCUGGUGCCUCCCCGCGAUGGCGAUGGUUUAUCUGAGCAUCUGUGGGUGGU